CGGAGGGGACACAGGUGUAGGGCAUCGGCGUAAAACGAGGGAGGGCGCAGCAGAACCGAAGAAAGGGAACGAUCCUCCGUACGGCAGUACGUGCGUAUAACCCCCUCCGACAAACAGGCAUCGGCGCGGAGAGCUUUCGCGUGUGCCGCCGAGUGGUACGCGGCGCUAAUCUUUUUCGCCCAUUCAUUCGCGCCUCCGCGCGUGGUCUAUUUGUACGGCGCUGGUAACCAGCGGCCGUACCACACUAUGCGCCGUCAGUUUUCACUGACCAAACCCUGCGGACCGAGCUGACCCCUAGACAGUCUCCCUAUUGUAGUACUUAGCACAUCGCGCAAGUAAAGCACGCGCGCGCUACUACUCUUCCGAGACUUCUGUGACGGGAAGCCCGACGACCACCAUGAAGGAAUCGGCUGUCGCCAACCACGACCGUCGCUGGCGGACUUCGAUGAGCCUCGUGCUACCCCAGGUGCGAUACGAACACCUCCUGGCCGGCAUUUCUGGCGGUGUCACCUCAACCCUGGUGCUGCAUCCGCUCGACUUGCUCAAGAUCCGGCUGGCAGUUAAUGACGGGCAGCUGAAAAGCCGGCCGCAGUACGGGGGCAUCCUCAACGCCGUCUCGACGAUCAUCAGGGAAGAAGGAAUCCGGGGUCUCUACCGUGGUGUGGCCCCAAACUGUUGGGGUGCCGGUACUUCGUGGGGCCUCUACUUUCUCUUUUACAAUUCCAUCAAGACAUGGAUGCUGGAUGGUUGCCCCGACAAGCAGCUUGGUCCUGGGAGGCACAUGAUGGCAGCUGCGGAGUCCGGGCUGCUGACUCUAGUCAUCACCAACCCCAUCACCAUGGUGAAAACCCGUAUGUGCCUCCAGUACGCCGACCACCACAUGGACUUGCCGGCCACCCGACGCUACUCGGGCAUGCUGGACGCAUUUCAGAAGGUCUACAAAUAUGAAGGGGUCACCGGCCUCUACAGGGGCUUUGUUCCCGGCAUGUUCAACGUAUCCCAUGGAGCACUGCAGUUCAUGGUGUACGAGGAGAUGAAGAAGGCCUACUGCAGUCGUUUUAACAUCUCGCCACAGGCCAAACUGGGCACGUUUGAGUACCUGACGUUUGCUGCACUGUCCAAACUGCUCUCUGCGAGCGUCACUUACCCGUAUCAGCUAAUGAGGGCACGCCUCCAGGAUCAGCACCAGAAUUACCAGGGCCUCAAGGAAGUCGUCGUGCGAACACUUCGGUACGAGGGCCUGCGAGGUUUCUACAAGGGUGUCACGGCCUACUUCCUCCAUGUGACCCCAAACAUCUGCAUAGUGUUCCUCAUGUACGAGAAGCUGGCUCCCUUGCCCGAGCAGCGCUCCUAGUGUGCCCAGACCGAUGACAAGCCGGUGGGAGAGGGCAUCGCCAUCUGCCGUUCGCUCGAGCCCGACAGGGUUGCCAACACCAUGGACGAGGCCCGCUGAAGGCGGGCGCGAGGUUGCCACCGACAGCUCUAUGCUGCUGCGUUCCAUGCUUGUAUGGACUUUGUUAGGACAUGUGGCUCUUCGGUCCUGUCGGAUGCAAAACUGCUGAUGUGAUUUGAGGGUUGCUAUCAUGCAAGCGUGGUCGGGCAUGCUGUCAUGGUGGGCUGUAAGUUCUUUUUCGGUCCUUGGUGUUGCAUUGUGGGAAUGUGCUUUUAGCAUUGCCUGCUAGCAAUGGCAGUUGUCUAUUUGACAUUGGCAGAGGUUAUUAUAGCAUAGGUGCCUCGACCAAUGCUAGCGCUACUCUCGAACGACUGCCGAAAUGCGUGUCGGAGCAGGCGGAUUCAGCUAAUGUGUGUAAAUGAACGUUGCCAGAGCUCCAGUUUAACUUAACUGUCUCUGACGCAUUCCUGCGUGGUUGCUGAUGGCGCAGAGCUUUUAUGCCCGAAAUAGCAAUGGCUGUACCGUAUGUCCGUUUGAUGUUGUGAAUGCUAGGGUCCAAACAGAAAAGGAGGCACAUGCUUUGAUGACGAGUAUUAAGCAUUGCAUUCGACAGGACCGAAGAGCCCUUAUUGGGGCCGGUGGCAAGGUUCCAUCGGCCAGUAUUUAUUCAAUUUCUCUUGUCGCCUUUGGCGAAGCUGCCUGCGUCUUCUCCACGCAUCUCCUUUUGUUAUUGUUGACUGCUUCACAUCUGGAGCUUUGUUACAGGCCUAUGCUGUUGCGCGCGCUUGCUUAAGUGUUGAGCAUUUUCUCGUUCGAUUCAUUCUCUUUUGAUGUUGUCUGUUCGCUAAUGACACUAGCUGUUCAAACCCAAACUCUUGUUCUCUCUCACUAAGCCUUCAUCUGCCACUCUGUGCCCCUCCACUAGGCCGUCGUCUUUCCUUUCACGCCUGCAUCACUGCAGCAUCAUUGUAAAAGCUGGAUUCAGAUGAGAGGACAAGGUGCCAGUUGGCCUGGGCACUGUGCUGUAGCGUGGUCAUUCAUCUGUGUCACAUCUUGGCAUGCCUAAAUCCUUCACACACGUGCACUAUGCCUUUGUAAAUUCAAUAGCAUGCAGUGCAUUGCCAGGACAAAUGCAUGAGGUCGGAAAGACUGCACAAGUGUUCCAUCCGUAACUAGCAUCUGCAGUUACCGUACUUAGUCUCUCAGUGCAUCAAGCCUGCAUAGGACUGUGCCGCCGAUGAAAGGAGGCAUGGCUUAUGUCAUGCUUUACAGUGACAUACAGCCUUCUUGAGCAGAAAUGAAGCCAUCGGAAGCCAUUGCCCAUGGAACUUCUGGCCCUGGAAAGCCCUAGACAGUAAGGACCAGAGUUUGCCUUCCUCUUUGGAACUUCUGCGUAGUGUGGAUGCAACUGGAGGCCAACUGAGCACCGAGAAGCCAACAGUGUGUCAUGUGUCCAGUGGUUUCGUUUCUUUUGACAGAAGCAGUACAUGUUAUGAUGCCCAUCAUUUCCUAAACAUAAUCCCUCCUGUCGUUCAGAUCCAACUUAAUCACCUGCCUCUCUAAAGGCGUUCUUCAUACGCUUCCCUUCUUGAUCUCACAUACGGCACUGCGGUAGAUGGCACAAAAGGCGUAGGGACAGUUGCUGUGCCACUGAACAGUUUGAAUGGCUGUGGCUUUUGUGACAGCCUUUCGCUGCGCUGUUUGUGCUAAUCACGACGAGUCUUUGCAACCUGUACUGAUGCUAGGCUUGCCGUGGGAAAGAAUUGGCUCUAGCUGGUAUGUGCAUGUAUUAAUGUUGGCGUUUUAAUGGCGUGCCGGGACUGAGGCACAAAUCGCAGCAAUGGGUGUGACAUCUCGUGACAGCAUUUUGCAACAAGGGUUGUCCUGUAAUGUUUUAUUGCACAACAUUUAUUUGGUAGGAAUGUCUUGUUGUGCGACACUUAUUGGCUUGACAAUGCUCGAGGAAAGAAGCUUACUGGGAAGCUUUGCAUUGCUGCAAAAUCCUCCACAAAGACAAGAAACAGUUAUAAAGAAAGCAUACAUGAGGUGCGAAAUUUCGGAAAACUGAAAUUUGUUGUUGGUAUGAACUUCCCAAAGGUAUCGCCAUGCACGUCUGCCAGCAUAGAGGCAACUCCAUGAUCACCUUGUGCUACUUGCUUGAAUAAUCUCCAGCACUCUAUCUGUUAGUCCAGCAAUUGUCCUGUCUACUGAAAUUUUUUUUUCCCACUAGCUUUUUGCCUUGGUUCAUUGUCUACCAACUCAGCCUUGUUGAAGUCUAUGCAGCUGCAGGAUCUGAUGAAAGUUCCAUGCCAUUUGUUUGAAAAAUGGUGCCACGAGAUAUUUAAUGUUAGUGCUGCUGUUAGGAGCUGCAUCCUGGUAUUCUGCUAAAACGUUAACUGAAACAUGUAUGUACCGGCUAGAACUCUCUAUAUUACCAUGUUCCUAGGUUGUUGCGAUGACGUCGCCUUGUUAUUUAUUGUUCGCCACCUCUCACCAUCAUCGUCCACAACCACCAUGUUUUUGUUUUUUUUUUCUCCUCCACUCGCCGCAGGGUAUUGUGCUUUUAGCGUGCACAACAUCCGAGCCUCGGGUUGACAUGCGCGCUGUGCGAGAGUUGAUGCGUGUGCCUCGGAAGAUAUCUCUGAACUGAGUCUAUAGACGGUUUCUGGAAAGCUGAAGAGUGUUGCUUGCAUUUUUUUUUUUUAACGAGACUGUGAUAAACGCUUUUCCGGAAUGGUUCACAUGUCGGUUCUGGAAAUGAAGAAACCAAAGUUCUGCUAAGGAAAAUGGAAGAUUUUAACCUGUUUGUGUGUGUAUGUGUGUGUGUGAAUGUGUGUGUGUGUCAGGCCAACUUCCGAGGCUUUGAAGCUGUGGUUGCCUCAUGCGCAACUCACCUUUUGCAGGUCUUGUCGUUGUUUCGAAAAGCGACGAGAAGCGAGGACAUGGUGUGUCAUGGCUGGUCCUCACAAACCGCUGCCGCUACACGAAUUGCGAUGUCUGUACAGGACCGCAGGCAGCAUCGUUAAUGUCAAAAGGCUGUGCGACUUAGUGAAGCAUCCUCAUGGAGCAAUGUGUAUACUACAUGACAAAUGCCAGAUUAUGAUUGUGUAUUUUUGUUUGUCAUUGCUCUCAUGUCAUGUAACUACAUCCAUUAUGUAUAAAAGAACUAUGGUUAUCUAGCAA